AUGACGCAGGAAAUGAUUGCCAAGUAUUGGCUCGCUACCAAGGGUGAGCUGGAAGACGUUCUGCUACACGAACAGCUAGUGCAGUGUUUCGAGCCAACCAAGGAUGUCUGUAUCGCACAUGAAACUAUCUCCGAACUAUACUGCCGGUAUGUCCAGCUCUGUCGGAUGCUCAACCGUUGCUACGACCAAACGCUGCAAGUUCAAAAACGAGAUGUGGUGACAACUCUUGCGGAAGCUGCCAAUCGUAGGCUUCUGGAGCUUCAACAGAAGAUAAAACAAAUGGAGCUGAGCGAAUUCACCUACAUCGAUGGUGUUCUCCGGCAAUUCCGUUUAAUCCCGCAGGACGUUCAACUCUUCCGACCUUGCUACUUCCCAAUCGAGCGACCGGAUGAGUACAAUAAGUUGAUCUCCAGCAGAUCGUUGCAAUCGCUUACGAGCGGCUCGGAUAACGAGCUGAGUUCCAGUUCGGAGAGCGAGGAAGAACCUCCACCCGAUCCAAGACGUCCGUAUGUUAAGCGUGACCGUGCUAAGGAGAAACGUGUAGCUGCACUCGGGAUUAUUCUUGCCCACGAGAAAGCUCGCCAGGCAAGAAUUAUGCAGUUCAACUUCCAAGCUCAUCCAAAGAUAUUCUAUCCCAAACCACGAGAGGACACCCUUCUAGAUUUCCACUACGAAUUUUACCAUCGUCCAGAUCAGAUUAUGUUGUUUCCAAUCAAGAGAACCGUAUUCAAGUGGGACUAUCGGCUGAAGCAGAGGGAUGUUAUUGAGUACCCUUACUACAGACCUCCAGGAUGGGUCGACGAAAAACGUGAAGUAAAGAAAAAACAAGCUGAACAAAAUCGCGCAGAGGAGCAGCGGCCAGCACCGGAACUGGUUACGGUCGAAGUUGAAGUUGAAGAAGAAAAUAUUGAUGAAAAAAUCGAAAUUAUGACGAGGAAUCGAUCUGCCAGAAGAAUACAAAGAUACUGGAGACGAUAUCAGGAAAGGAAACGUCUAAUUAGAGAACGCUAUAAUAAAAACGUUUUCUUGGGGAUGGUUGACGCGAUGGAGCGUGGACCCGAUCUGUGCUCCAGAAUCGAUCAAGCGGAACGGAAGAGAAGAAAGCGGAAGCCGGAAUUCGACGAAGCGUUCCUUCUCGCACUUGACGACGAGAAGGCAAGAAUAUUGCAGAAGCACGGUCCCUGGAUCAUGGAGGAUAUUUCCGAUCAUAUUCGGGCGUGGUUCCGUGAGUUUUAUGACCGAGCACAUGCCUUCGAUAGAUACCCGGAGGCUUGGGAAGGGGGUACUUUGCUGGUCAUAAGAGGUGAGACGAUGACUCCUGAAGAGUACCUGGAGGCUCAGAAGCAAAAGGCUCUGAACAAAAAGAAAUCGACCGAACAAAAGAAAAGAGAGGCUGAAGCGAGGAAACAACAGAAAGAAUUGGAACGAGAGAAGCAGAAAGAGAAAAAACAACGCUUGAGAGAAUUGAAGCGGGAGGAAAAAGAAAGAGAGAAGAAAGAAGGAAAAACAUACGAUUUCAGGAAGCCAGAAUUUGCGACAAAGAACUUGCUUACCAUCGAAGAGACUUUGUCCCGCUAUGAAAAAGAUUGGUACUUUGUUGAAGAACUGGCAAACAAGGAUGAGCUCCCCAUAAUGGAAUGGAUUACCUUGGACAAGUUUGCCGAAGUUCACCAGGAAUUGAGACCCUUGGUGGAUGAAGUGUUACGAUUGGAGAGAGAAUUGCUUCAAAAGGCGUUGUGCAAGGAUUCCAAGAAAAAAUACAAACCUCCUAAGCCUAAAAAACAAAAAAGGAAGAAAGGCAAAGGAAAGGGAAAGAAGAAGAAUAAAAAGGAAGCUGCUGAUUUAACCGCUGACAGAACGAUCGAUUCGUUGUACGAGGAAUUAGUGAAGAAUGGUAUCAUAAGAACGUACAAAAAGCGAAAAAUCGAUGACUUCAUCGGGGACUACAACUAUGCCGCUUUUGAAAAACGAAAUUAUUUGGAACAAGAUCCACCAGCAGCCAUGGGAGAAAUCAGAGAUAUCAUCAAGUCGUGGUUAUUCGGUAUGGGAUCAUUGAACCUACCAAAACCAAAAUCGUUCUGCUUGAUUGCACCACCGGGUUACGGGAAGACUUUGCUGGUGGAAGCUGUAUGUACAGAAACUGAUUCGGUUCUGUUCGACUUGAGUAGUUCUACCAUUGCGCCCAUAGAUUCAACCGCACUGCCAAUGCUCCUCCAUGUCGUGUUAAAAUUGGCACGGCUUUUCCAACCAAGCGUUGUGUGCAUUGAUUCGGCCCAUAAGCUUUUCUACAAGAAGGUUCCCGUUGCCGAAGCAGACAUGGAUCCAACAAAGCUCGGAAAGAUCCUGUUCAAGAAGUUUGUAAAACAAAUUAAAAAGGAUGACAGAAUUCUUUUGGUUGGAACAACCAAUCAACCGUGGACUGCGAAGGCAGGAAAAUUCAAGAAGUGUUUCGAAAAGUUUCUUAUCAUUCCGAAAACGGACUACGGUACGACACAGCUGCUCUGGAGACACGCAUUGAGCAAAAAGGUUGGAAUAGGGAAAGACUUCGAUGUUUCACCGCUGUCCAUGAUAACGAAAGGAUAUUCUCCACAGCAGAUAGUGGGCUGUGUCAAUCAAGUUCUAGGGAUCAGAAGGCGAAUGAGACUCGCCCAAGAACCGCUGACAGCAGAGGAAUUAAUAGAACAUUUUCUACAGAAGCAGCCUGCUGAAUAUCCCAUAACGGAUAAGGAAUAUACCAAAUAUAUGAAAUUUUACAAGAGAAUGGACAAAUUGGCCAAACGAAGAGCAAAGAUGGUCAAAGCCAGAGAAGAGAUGUUGGCCAAAUUGAAGACUAAAGAAGACAAGAAGAAAAAAUAGGACAGUACUGGAAUGAAUAUGAAAACAAAAUUUCAAGCGUGUUUUCUGAAGUAGUGCCACAUUAUUUUUUUCAAUUUUUAUGAACACGUU